AUGUAAUAAGCCGAAACUCAAAAUUUAGAAUAAAUUAAAUUAACAUUUGAAUUUGAAGGAAAUAAAUUAUUAGAUUUAGAAGUUAUUCCAAAUGACAUGCUUUUAUAAAUAAAAUAACUUCUAAGCGAAUCUACUUUAAUGUGUUUUUAUUAAAACUUUUACUUUGAAUUCAAUCAAAAAAGAUUAAAUGAAUAUAUAGAAAUUUCUUAAACUGAAUUAUAAAAUGAUUCUACUAUAAAAAUUAAAUUAGAUCUUUUUGAUGAAAGAAGUGCAAAAUAUCAUUUAAAUAAAGUUUAAGAAGCAUUAAAAAAUCCUUAAAAUAUAAUAUUUGUUUAUUCAAGUAAAUAAAUAUUCUAAUUUUACAGAAAUUUAUUUAAAAAUAUUUACAUAAAGAAUAAAAAAGCGAUGAAUAGGAAAAUUAAUAAAAAUAAGAAAAACAAUAAGAAAUAAAUUCGGACGAAGAAGAUACAAAUACAAAUUAACCAAAUUAACAAUAAUUAUAAUAAUAAGGCACAAAAACAUAAUAAGAACAUUAAGUAAAAAUAUAAAGAAAUUUAUAUUAAAAACUAUUUUUUUAAGUAAAACUAAUCAUCAUAUUCAUUAAAUGACUCAACAAAUGCUUCUUUAUUAAAUAAAUAUAUAUAUAAAGUAUUUUAAGACGAUAAUAAAAGCUAAAAUACAAUAUAAUGUAUAAAUUUCAUUAAUUUUUCAGGUUUUAAUCCCCCACCUGAUUAUCGUAAAAUAAACGGCGACUUAUUUUAUUUAUAUGUAAUACUAAAAUAAAUAUUAUUUUUUGUUUUUUUUUUAAAAAAAAACCAAAAAAAAAAAACAAAGGUAAAAACUUUAGAAAAUUUAAACUUCCAUAUUACUGUCUGUCCAUAAGGAUUUUAUUUAAAUAAAUCGAAUUCUAAUUUUUAUGAUCCAGAACCUUUAAAUAAAAAUGCAGUUCCAUUUUAAAAUUUGAUUGAUUUAUUAAUGAAUGUUAGUCUUUUAUUUAAGUAAAAAUCAAAAUUAUUUAAUAAAAAGUAAAAAAAAAAAUAUAGAGAAAAUUUUGAAAAAUUAAUAAAAUAAAAUUCAGAAGCUAAAUAAGAAUAACCUCUAUUGAACUUUUACAAAUAUGGAAAUAAAUGGCUUUAUCAACCUCCAGAAUAACAUUAAUGGGAUAUGAAUAGAUGUGAAAACUCUCUUUUAAAUUUAUAUGGAUUUGAUCCUAUUAAUAUUAGAGAUUGGAACGAAGAAUUAUAAGUAUGUAGAGACUUACCUUCUUAAGAUUUCGUAUAAAGAUUAAAUAAAAAUAAAGCUUUAAUAAAAGUAUAUAAUGAUUUUAUUGGAGCAGCAUUAGAAGGUGCAAAAGCGGUAAUUGAAUAAAAUAUUUAACCUUUAAAUCCUAUGGAUCCUCCUCAUUAAUAAGUUUAUGUAUUUAAUAGUAUUUUUUUUUCUUUUGCAUUAGAAAAUGACGAUAAUUUUAGAUAAGAAAAUGGGAGUGAUGAUUCACCUAAUGUUUCAGUUGCAAAUUAAGAUUUGAGAAAUUUAAGAAUUUUACAUAAAUUAGAAAUUCCUGGUUUAAAUUUAUUAAAUACAUGCUUAGUUGAUUAUAAAGGAAAAAAAAUAAUCGCUUAAAGUGUUAUUCCUGGAAUUUUAAAUAGUGAUCAUUAUAAUUGUUCAGAAUAUGGUUCUAUAGAUAAUGGAAAAACAAUUACUUCAAAUAAAGAGUUUGAAUAAAUAAUGAAAAAAGUUUGCGAAUAUUUCAAUUUAGAUGAUUAAGUAUUAUUCUAUGAUGAAAAUAAAUAAGAACAUAGUCUAAGUGGUUCUAUUGAAAUAAAAGGAAUACGUGGAAGUGAUCGUAGAAGAUAUAUUUUAGAUCUAUUACGUCUUUCUCCUAGAGAUUUGAACUAUCCAGAUAGUAAAGAACAUUCAUGUUGUGUAUUGAGAUAAGAGUUGAUAUUUAACUAUAUAAUGUCAAAGAAUUUCGAAAAAGCCAGCAAUUAAAUAAAAGAAGAAGAAACAAAUGCAGAAGAUUUAAAAGAAGAAGAAAAAAAUAAGAAAAAUGUCCAAAAAUUGCUUUAAUUAUAAGAAUAUUUAUAAAAUCCAGAAAAUCAUAUAAAAUUAAAAUUAAAUACAAAUAUAAGUACAAAAGCUCCUUUAGUUCCAAACGAAAAGUUAAUAAAAUAAGAAAAUGAGUUAAAAGAACUAGCCGAGUAUUUAAUAAAUAAAGGAAUUCCUAAUUUAAUAAAUGACCUUGUAAAUAAUUAAGAAAAUAGCAGAUUAGCUGAUUCGUUAAGUGUAAGUGAUUGCUUUCAUUUAAAUGGGGUUAAUAUAAGAUAUUUAGGAAAAGUGAUAAAUUCUUUAAAUUAAAACGAUUAUCCACAUAUUUUAAUGAUUUUAUAAAAAACUCUUCUUGUUAAAUGCUUGAAACAUGUUUUAAGAGAAAUUAUGAGACUUUCAGUUUAAAAUGAAAUUCCUUAUUCAAUUUCAAAUGCUUUGAAUUGUAUUUUUAGUGUUUCUGAUAUUAGAGAUAGGUUGGAAAAAGGAGAAAUUUGCUAAUAAAAGAAUAACACAAAUAAUGAAAAUAUGGGAGGAGGGGAGAAAAAUAAAUAAGGAAAGAAAAAUAAGAAAUAACAUAGUAACAAAUAGUAAAAAAUAUAAGUUUUAAAUAAAAGUAAUUGCAUUGUUUUACCUUAAUGGGAAGUAUCAAAAUUAAAGCCUUCCCAAAUUUGGGAAAAAGUACUCAAUUUAGCUAAAAAAAGAUACGGAUAUGAUGGAUUUCCUGAAAAUAUGUCAAAUUUGAAUUUACUUAAUUUAAAAUUCAAUAAGCUUUCGAUUUUGAGAGAUUUAUUAAGAACUAUUGGUGUUUAGAUUUUAUAUAAAGAUUAUUAUUUUAGCUAUUAAGAUUAUUUGAAUGAAAAGAAAAAUAAUACAAGUAAUUUAUUGAAUAAUAAUGAGUUCUUACCUUUUACACCUGAAGAUAUUUAAAAUAUUACUCCAAAUGUUAAAUAUAUUGAUGUUUAUUCGGAUGAUAUUAGAUAAACUAUUGAAACUGCUCAAUAGUUUUUACAUGAAUAAAAGUUUUAAGAAGCUUUAGAAUAUUAUCAUAGUGCUAUAUAAAUAAUAUUUAAUCUUUAUGGAAAUCAUCAUAAAGAUAUAGGAGUUUGUCAUAAUAAAAUAGGUGCUAUUUAUUAUAAAUUAGGAGAUUUUGCAAAUGCUAUUUAUUAUUAAAAAUAAUCAAUUAAAAUAUUGUAGAAAAUAUAUAGUUUUGAUCAUUAUUAAAUCGCUUAAGGAUAUCAAAAUUUAGGAUUUUAUUACUUUGGAUGGAAAAAAUAUAGUGUUGCUUGCAAAUAUAUAAAAAAAUCAUUAUUCAUUUAUCUUUUAGUAGGAGGAGAAGCUCAUCCUGAUACUUAGUUUUGCUUUUUUAAUUUAUCUUUAAUGUUUUAAGAAAAUGAAUAACAUUAAUAAGCUCUUAAUUGCCUACUAGAAGCUUUAGAUAGAAAUAUAUUUAUUUAUGGCAAAGAUCAUUUAAAAAUUGUUGGAUGUUAUUAGGCUAUUGCUUUAAUUCAUUAUGAUAUUGAUGAUAUUAAAUAGGCUAUUGAUUAUUAAUAAAAAUGUAUUGAAAUUUUGAAAAAAGUAACAAAAUUUUAAAUCUGUUUUUUUAAUUUUUUUGGAUUUUUUUUUUUUUUUUUUUAGCAUUUAGAACCAGAAGAUCCGAGAAUUAAAGAUUCUUUGCUCUUUUUAUAUAGGUUUGAAAGUGCAUUAGCAGAGAAGAAAAAAGGAAUUUAAUAAAGUACUGAUAGCAAUGGAAAUUCAAGAGAAUUCGGAACUAAUAAAGGAAGAAAGAGAAAUUUUAAAAUAAAGACUUAAAUUUGCGAAAAUAAAUGCUAAGUUUGGACAUAAUCCAAAUAAUAGAUUCUUUCAAUAGUAUGA